UCGAAGAAGACGGAUCUCCCUGAUCUGUCACCCAUCGACGCGAUCCAUGGGCCCGAUGGCCAUGGCAAGUCGCUUCAACCACGGGGUGGGUUGUCGGCGGGCGUCGUCCCGCCAGCGACCUCUCCGGCCAAUGGUAACAUAGAGGAGCACUGCUGGUAACAUUGAGCCGACAAAGAGAAGUUGUAGAAUAUUUGUUGCAACCACUAGGAUUCUUGCUGCCAACGACUCAGCUUCCAGCAGCGGUGCAACGAUCCCCCUCCCGUGCUUGUCGCUGCAUCCUCCACCAGUUGGAGGAAAAAUGGCAAGCGCAAACGGAAGAGCUAAAGAUGGUGGGGUCACAGAGGAACAACUGAAAGCGGUAGAGUAUGAACUACUGAGAAGCAAGACCAUUGAACAGAAUGAUAAACGGCUAGCAGCGGUACGAGCAACAAGAGCUUCUAUGCAGGAAGAUAUGGAAGCGAACCAAGCCCCCAAAAAGAAAAGAAAGGCACCCUCCAGCGCACCUGUAAGCGCGAAUGAAGGACGUGUUUUGAGGUCUAGGGUAUCAAAAGAUCAAGAUCAUGUUGAUCCUGAGCAUCAGCCUUCCAAAGAGAUUACUCAUGAGAUUGAUGGUGAUGGUAGUCAAAAGAAAGGUGGAAGAAAAAUUACUCGAAAGUCUAACAUAUAUGCAAGGCUGAAUCAACCCAAAAUCCAUAUUCCACUUAAUGGGGAUGGCCAGCCUGUUGGGUCAGAUGCAACCGAAUUUGCCAAUUUCAUUGGUACUUUGGUGAGGAAGCAUAUACCACCUGCAGAGUUAGAUUGGCGAGAUGUUGAUGUAGAGAAAAAGUUGUUAGUGUGGGAGACCUUGAAGGCAUUUUAUGAGCUGGACUCAACUGCUUUGAGCUUUGUUAUCAACACUUCACACAUAAAAUGGAAGGAUUGGAAGUCAGAUUUAAAGAGGUACAAGUUUGAUGCUGCACUCACUGAUGCACAACUUAUGAAAAGACGUGACAGCAGAAUUAGUGAAGCUGACUGGAAGACCCUUAUUACUUAUUGGAGAUCUUCGACAUUUGAAUCUCGUAGUGCUAUCGCCAAAAAGAAUCAUGCCAAUGCAGUACCUCAUACAUCUGGCAGCAAGAGUCAUGCCCGUGUUGCCAAUGAAAUGGCUGUCAAACUUGGGCAUGAUCCUCGGAGAGAUGAAGUUUAUAUCGAAACACAUACAUGCAAGAAAGGGGAAAGGAAAGGGAGUUAUGUGCCGCAGGCAGAAACAACAAUUAAAGAACUCAUAGAGAAUGCUGAAAAGCACCCUGAAUGGAAGGAAAAGAGCAUUCAAGAAGGUGAUCUGUUUGCACGCGUAUGUGGAAUGAAGGAGCCCAGGGGUCGUGUCCGUGUGUUAGGUCUAGGUCCAACACCUCAAGAUUUGGGCACACCGGGUACACGGGGUAAAUUGAGCACAAGAGUUCUAGUUGAAAUGCAAGGGCGUCGAAAAGCUGAAAAUCGCUAUAACAUGCUCCAGGGGCAUGUGCAACAAAUGGAAGAAAGAGUGAACCAAAUGGAAUUGAUGUUAGCUUCACAAGGAAGGCAUAAUCUGGAAACUCCUAGCUCGCAGCAUGGUUCCAAUUCUCGACAAAACUCCGGAGCUGAAGCUGAGGAACAUAAUGACGCUGAAGAAGAUGUUGAACAGGAUGAUGAAGAGCCAUUUGUUCAAAGAAGAGUUGUUGCAAAGCACCCUGCAAGAAGCUCAUCAACCUAUGAAGAUGAAAACCUUAUUGGUAUGGAUGUGCUUCUUUAUGCAUGGACUGGUCCUGAAACUCCUGUUGCCAAGGCAACAAUUAUCUCAGUUGACCCAGACACUAUUGUGGGCGGAGAGACCCUUGGACCAGGAACUUAUGAGGUUCCUGUCAAUGUUGCUAUUGGAAGAGAUGCUACGGUGCCUUAUGAAUAUGACGAUUUACAAAUUAUUGCUGAUGCUAUCACAAGGUCCAUUGCAUGGCCAUCUAGCAAGAUGAAACCCUAUAAACCAGGGGCAUCUUCCUCAUCCCGCCGCUAAGGAAAUACAUACAGAAGGGUCAGGAAGUAACCAGGAAGAUGCCAGUUUGCAUCAGCUACAGAUUUUCUGUAAUGGAGCAAAACCAAUGUGUCUUUUAGGUCUCAUUAUGUAAACCUAUAUGGCAUCUUGUCAUCUGGGUAUUUAUCUUGUCAUCUGGGUAUUUUGUGUAAUGGAGAAAACAAUGAAUCUCGGACAUGCAUCUAUCAUUUUGUAAACCUAUCGGGCGAUUCGGUCACAAAACCAUAAAUGGUUCCUUCACUCUUGAGAAGUAAUUAUUAUGUUAUUCUUC